AUGGCUAUGCACACUAUUGAGAAGCUUAAAGGCUGGGCGAAUUAUUCUACAUGGGCAGUAGCGAUGAAAGCUUAUCUACAAAGUGAUUUGCUGUGGGACACAGUGCAGGUUCCGGAAGGUAGGCAACUGAGCACUGAUCCGGAUAAGAACAUGAAGGCAGCCGACCAGAUAAUGUUGUCAAUUGAGCCUAUACUCAACACUCACGUAAACCAGCUCUCUAGUGCAAAGGAUAUCUGGGAUGCCCUUAAAAAGCUUUUCGGCAGUGAAGGCAUUCAGAGCAGAUCUAGUGGACUACAAGUGCUGGAUGAAAUGUUGGCUACAUUAUUGCUUGCGGGUUUGCCAUAUCAAUAUGACCCCAUGAAAAUGGCCAUGGAGAGCAGUAAUACGAAAUUAACAUUUGAUAUGGUCAAAAAUACAUUAAUACAAAAAAUUGAAAUCCCUCAAGCCAUCGAAGGGACUGCUCAAGGCUUCUACGCUGGAAGUAAACAAAGAUUUCCAAGGAGCAAGCAAAAUAAUAAUGGAGCAAAUAGUUCUCAAAGAAAUAAGCUAGUACAGUGCUACAACUGUAAACGUUUUGGGCACAUAGCUAGAAACUGCCGUUUCUCGAAAGAUAAUAAUACAAAAGCCUGUCAAGCCAAAACAGAGAGUGACGAAGAGCCAGAUACAGAUAAGGAAAACGACAACUUUGCUAUGUUUGCGUUCAAGGCCAUAGUAGAUAAACACACUUCACAAGACUGGAUUUUGGACUCUGGAGCGUCAAUGCAUAUGUGUAGAGACAAGAGUUUAUUUAAGAAUCUGGACUCGUCUUUCAAGUCGAACAUAAACGUUGCAAAUAGUGGAGCGAUGGAAGCUCUUGGCUCAGGCACUGUACAACUUGUUUUGUUUUUUCAAGGACAGAAGAGGAUUAUUGAAAUAAGCAAUGUGUUAUAUGUCCCUAAGGCCACUACAAAUUUCAUUUCAGUUGGCAGCCUAACUCAAAAACAUCAUAAAGUGUUUUUCGAGAACAACAAGUGCUCUGUUUAUUGCCCAGAUGGCACGCUAGUCAUGUCAGGUGUUCGCCUAAGAAACAAUUUAUUUAAGAUCAAUUCAGAUUUUAAAUGUGAUACCAAGAGUAGUGAAAGUUCAGUGAAAACAUAUGCCGCUACCCUUGAUAUAGAUUUGUGGCACCAAAGACUUGGACAUAUCAAUCAUGAGUAUUUAAAUAUUUUAAAGAAUCGUAGUGCCACAGGCAUAAAUUUUCAAACUAAACAGUUAAAGUUUUGUGAAGCCUGUGUCCAAGGCAAAACUGUUAAACUACCGUUCCACAGUGUUGAAACAAAAUCAAAACAAAAUCUUGAACUUAUACACAGUGAUGUUUGUCAAGUGCCAGAUAUUUUGAGAGUCGGCUUCAAGUAUUUUAUAACAUUUGUCGAUGAUUAUUCCAGACAAUUGUUUGUCUAUUUCCUCAAGAAUAAAGCUGAAGUUCCAGAAAUCACCAAGCGGUUUAUUCUCUUCACUGAAAAUCAAAGUGGCUUGAAAUUAAAAAUCUUAAGAACAGACAAUGGGAAAGAAUAUUUAAGGGGUGAUUUUCUUGAGUUUUUCAAAGGUAAGGAAAUACAGCAUCAAUCCACUGUGCCCUACAAUCCUCAGCAGAAUGGAACUGCUGAGCUCAUAAACCGUACUUUACUAGAAAAAUCAAGAGCCAUGAUGCUUCAAGCGCAUUUUAGAGGCAAGAUGGAUUCAAGAACGUGCAAAUGUGUUUUUCUUGGUUACGUUUCGGGACAGAAGGGCUAUAUACUCUGGUGCGAGAAAGCCAGAAAGAUUAUUAUAUCCAGAGAUGUCAAAUUUGAUGAAAAUUUUUACCCAGUACAAGAACAAAAGCGCUCAUUCACUACAUUUACAUUAGUUUCAGAUGAAUCACAGAACCAGAAUGCGGAGCAACACGAUUCAAUGGAUUUUGAAAAUAAUCAAAAGAAGCAAGUUCCACAACACCUGGAUAAUUUUGUUUUAUACUCAGCAGUAAUGGAGGAUUUCAAUGCACCCACAUUUGAACAGGCUAUGCAAGGACCCGAAGGCCAAAAAUGGCGAGAUGCAAUGUGGAAAGAGAUGCACUUUAUCUACAAGAAUAACGUUUGGACUUUGCAAGAGUUACCCCCUGGCAAGAAGCCUAUAGGCACUAAAUGGGUAUUCAAAAAGAAGAUAAACCAAGAUGACAAAAGCAUAUACAAGGCCCGCCUGGUAGCUCAGGGUUUUUCCCAGGAGUAUGGUUCAGACCACAACUCAACGUAUGCACCAGUUGUACAGUUUUCAACUUUGCGUCUCAUCCUUGCUGCAUCCUCCAGCACCAAAGUAUAUAUUCAUCACGUUGAUAUAAAGACAGGGUUUCUACAUGGUGAAGUGGACGAAGAAAUCUAUUUAAAACAACCACAAAGAUUUGAGGAUCCAGAUCACCCGGAUAAAUUCUGUAGGCUUUCAAAGGCUCUAUAUGGUCUGAAACAGGGGAGCAGGGAUUUAGGUCCUGUUCGCAAGUUUCUUGGUAUUAGUAUAGCUGUGGAUCAUGAUCGUGGAACCAUCUCUUUGGAUCAAACAGAUUAUAUCAAGGAAGUUUUCACCUUGAUACGCUAUAUAAAGACAAUCACGAUACUAACUCAAAUAAGCUCAUGGACCCUAUCCAAAUACCACAUAGAACAGCCAUCGGUUGUCUACUGUAUAUUGCUCGCUGCACAAGACCAGAUCUAUCGUAUUCUAUACUUGAAAGGCACAUGCGAGCUCAAACUGACUUUUAACAAUGGCAAACCACCUGCUCAACUACAUAUCCACUGUGAUGCCAGCUGGGCACCGAACUCGAGGGAUUGCAGAUCUGUUACAGGAUACAUUUCACUCCUUCAGUCGGGACCAAUCAGCUGGAGCACAAGGAGCUAA